UAAAGACGCCGCCACUCCUGAUUUGGCGGCUGGUCGCUGCCGUUGGCCCCCCUCCCCACCUUUCGCCCACCCUCCGCAAGCCUCCCGCGAGCCUCGGCGACUUCCGCCCUGCUGACUAGUUCGCCCCGACCUCCGAUUAGUAGUGGAGGGAGCGCGGCCUUGGACACGAACGGGCAUUCCGCCGUUGGGCUCGCUUCUAUGCCAUCUUUCUUGGCAGGUCCAACGAGCCACAAGGCGCUUCUGUCCGGCUCUCUAGCCCUUGCUCGGUUAUCUUUUCUCUGGCUAGGCCAAGUGUUGCCCCUUAUCUCACAACACCCCCAAUCUCGUCCGAGGGGCGCAUGGUCGUGGCGCCCGCCCUCGAGGCAGCAUGGAAGCCACAGCACGGGAUGGCGUGAGAAAAGGGAAGGUGGCCGAAGGGUGCCGUGGCCACUAGACCAAGACGUGAGUCCCCUAUCGUCGUCGCCUGAGCUGUCCUCCUCCUGUUUCCGGGCUAGCACCCGUCCCACAGCAUCUGCAAUGCUUGAGGUGCAAUGCUUGAGGGUUGCCUGCUCUCUCAAGUGAGUCUCAGGAAAGGCAAUGGCAAGACGAGUAACUAGGACAGUGAGCUUUUGUAUAAAGGCUUGGGUCCCGUCCCCGGUCCAAGCGAUGAC